AUGGUUCAGCUUGAACCUUUCCAAAUUGAGGAUUGGAUGGACGAGUGGGAGAACAAGUGCGAAUACAACAUCGCUGAAACAUGCUGCUCCUCCAUAUCCCUCAACGAGCUACAAGAUCUAUCCGAGAACAAAACCGGAUUGGAGAUUGACCGAAACCAAAAGCUCACAUAUGGAGCGAUCCGGGGAUCCUCGCCGUUGCGGUCAAACUUGGCCAAGCUGUACUCCUCGAAAGUCAGCACCCCCCUUCCAGAGGACAACAUCUUGAUCACGAAUGGGGCGAUCGCCGCGAAUCACCUGGUUUUCUACUCGUUGAUUGGGCCCGGGGACCAUGUGGUCUGCCAUUAUCCUACAUAUCAACAGCUAUACUCGGUUCCCGCGUCGCUGGGUGCGGAAGUCGAUCUGUGGAAAGCAAAGGCCGAAGCCAAGUGGAUCCCGGAUAUCGAAGAUCUAAAAGGGCUGAUCAAGAAAAACACAAAACUCCUGGUUUUGAAUAACCCAAAUAACCCCACCGGUGCGGUAUUGCCACGAAGUCUUCUCCAGCAGGUCAUCGACUUAGCCCAGGAGCACAACCUAAUCAUCCUAUCUGACGAGGUCUACCGCCCCGCCUUCCAUUCCAUCGGACCCAUGGACCCCGAGUUCCCCCGAUCCAUCCUAUCAAUGGGCUACGACAACGCCAUCGCCACCGGCUCCAUGUCCAAAGCCUACGCUCUCGCAGGUAUACGAGUCGGUUGGAUCGCCUCCCGCAGCCGAGAACUAGUCGAGAAAAUUGCAGGGACGCGCCACUACACUACCAUAUCGGUGAGUCAACUAGACGAGCAAGUGGCCGCAUUCGCGCUCAGCUACGACACUGUCCACCACCUUCUUAGCCGAAACAUCCAACUCGCCAAGACGAACCUGGCGAUUUUAGAGCGGUUCGUGAUCAAGUUUGAUGACGAGUGCGAAUGGGUGAAGCCGGUCGCAGGGACGACGGCGUUUGUGAGGUUCCACCGAGAGGGGAAGGCGGUCGACUCGGAGAAACUGUGCGAGGCGAUCUUGGAGAAGGCGGGAGUGCUCUUCGCUCCGGGAAGGAGGUGUUUCGGGGAUGAGUUCCCUGGGUAUGUCAGGAUUGGGUUUGUCGCGGACACGGAGACGUUGGAAAAGGGGUUGGCGAGGUUGAAGGUGUUUAUGAAAAAGGAGUUUGACGAGGUACCACUGGCAAAUUAG